AAUCCACGUCUGCGAAAUGAUGUUUGCUCAGUCUGUCAAAUUGGUGUGAUGUGCUUGAAUAUUGUUUCCUCUUGGAAUGGAUUUAGAAGAGGCAUUUCAACUAGUCGGAGAAUUCGGAUCAUAUCAGAAGCAGAUGGUGUUGGUUCUUGUGUUGCUACAGGUGUAUAUGGCAUGCCAGUCCAUGCUCAUUGUGCUCAUUGGCGCUAUACCAGAAUACCACAUUGAACAAGGUGACCACUCCAACUAUGAGGAGCUCAUCAAACACGUUACAUUUACAGAGGAUGUGAACUCCAUCGUGACGGAGUGGUUCCUUCUAAAGCAACAGGCUUACAAGGUCAGCUUGGCAGGCUCUUUGUUCUUCGCCGGGGUCUUGAUUGGAAAUGUGUUUUUUGGACCCCUCUCUGACAAGAUUGGAAGGAAACCAGUCUUCUUAACAGCUCUGUUCUUUGAGGUGGUGUUUGGCUAUGCCACAGCCUUUGCUCCCAGCUAUGAGGUGUUUGCGUUGUCGCGCCUGCUGGUGGGUCUGAUGAAUGGGGGUAUGUCCCUCGUCUGUUUUGUGCUCACCCAGGAGUAUGUGGGCAAGGCCUAUUGGGCCAUGACAGGGACCUUGACUAAUAUGACCUUUGCUGUGGGUAUUGCCCUGUUUGGUAUCCUUGGCUACUAUAUCAGACCAUGGCGUACCCUGGCAACAACAGCUAAUUCUCCUGGCGUCCUGUUUUUUCUACUUUGUGUGACUCUCCCGGAGUCUCCACGCUGGCUGUAUUCCCGUGGUUACACGGAGAAGGCGGAGGAGGUUUUGCAGUAUAUAGCUGUGCGGAAUGGGAACAGCAAUGCUGCAGCCAAAGUAAAGCUCCGUAUGUGUCCUGGCUCUGUCAAGACUGGUAACCAGGGCAACAAUGGCCCUGGCUUCCUCGACCUGUUCACCCACACAGUGCUCCGCUGGAGAACCGUGGUGCUCAUGUAUGUCUGGUAUUCCUGCAGCCUGGUGUACUAUGGGCUGACCAUGAAUGCCAGUGAGGACAGUGGGAACCGCUACUUCAGUGUUGCCAUGUAUGGACUAGUGGAGCUCCCAGCCUACCCUCUCUGUAUCUAUUUCAUAAACAAGCAGUGGGCUGGGAGAAGGAAAACCAUGGCCAGCUUUCUGGCUUUAGCUGGCUUGUCGUGUUUAUGCACCAUGUUGGUUCCAGUAAAUGCUGGGGCAUUGUUCAAUGCUACUUCUUUAGCUUUGUUAGGAAAGCUGUUGGUCAGUGCGGCUUUCAACAUAGUGUAUGUCUACACUACUGAACUAUACCCCACUGCUGUAAGGAAUGCUGGUCUUGGGGUCUGCUCAAUGUCUUGCAGAGUUGGGGGGAUCCUGGCCCCUUUUGUGCCCUCUAUGAGAGAGUUACACACCUCUAUGCCCUUCCUGGUGUUCUGUCUCAGUGGGAUCUCUGCUGGCUGCCUGGGUCUCCUUCUCCCUGAGACACUUAACAAACCUGUGACAGAGACACUGGAUGAGCUCAGCAGCCAUGCUUACCACCGCAUUGUAGAGACCAAGAUGCUCUAUAUUAUGAUGGAAAUGGAGGAGGGUGAACUCCAGUGGGAACAGCCAGAGGCCUUUGUCAGUCAUGAACUCUGGAGGAGGUUUCAGCUUGUCCUCAGAGAAGCUGACUUCUGGAAUGCUGCAAUAACAGAUGUUGUCUGACAUAGCCAAUAAUUA